AAAGUUUCAGCAAAAGAAGGAAGUUCGGGAGUUGCAGUAAAGGGAUAGUACGAUUUACAUCAUGCAAUACGAGGGUUUUAAUCACUAUUGCGAUUGAAGAAACUGUGUCACAAACAGCAAUUUCUCAAUAAGAAACGCAGCGCUUUUUAAACCCGUGCUGAUCAAGUUAAAUUAGCUGACUCAAGUGUCGCGAUGGAGGAUCAAGACGCUGCACCCGCUUUGGCGUUUGAAAAGGACGCUUUUGAACUGACAGUGGAAGAUGUCUAUGACAUUUCCUAUGUGAUCGGAAGGGAUCUGCUCAAAAUUAGCAGCGGGGGCAAAGAGGUUUCUGACCUGCAGUUUAAAAUUGUCCGGGUGCUGGAGCUGUUUGAAACUUUAGUGAACAAGUCCAAUCUGUCGCUGGAGGAGCUCAAAAUGGAAAGAGACAAUCUGAAAAGCGAGGUGGAGAGACUGCUCGGGGACGGGUCGAGUGACAUGCAGGGCACGCAAACGUUUGGAGCAGACAAGCUGGUGAUUGACCUGAAAGACCCGAACCGCCCCCGCUUCACCCUGCAGGAGCUGAAAGACGUGCUGCAGGAGCGCAACCAGCUCAAAACGCAGCUGCUGCUCGCGCAGGAGGAGCUGCAGCUGUACAAGAGCGGGAUCCUCCCUCAAAGUGAGCAGCAGGCAGUGGAAGAGGAAAAGGCUGCCAGCACUGCAAGCAACACUAAAGAAGAGAAGACCGCAAUAAGAAAACUGUUUUCAUUCAGUAGAAAAUAACAGAAUGAAUGAACACUACAGAAUGAAUUCAAAUACACUUCAAGAACCACCUGCAUUACUGAAAAAGGGUUUGAGUGUUUUUAUAUCUGUGAUUAUUUCUGCAGAUGAGCAGCGUGUGUAUUGUUUUGACAGUAUUUUAUGAACACGUCUUAUAAUAUAGACCAAGAAGCAGACUGGGGUCACUAUAACAUGAAUUUAAAGCGAAUCAAAGUUGUGCCUUUCAUCCAUAAUGUAUUGCAUUAAAAUAUCUGCCAGUUCACUUAAACAUAUACAAUUGACUGUAUAUCCUGAAAAUAUAAAUCUAAUGAAGAUGAUUUUUUUUUUUUUUUAACAGAGUUAAUUUUGUACAUUCUUUAAACAGUAGAGUAUUUUGCAAGAUCAUUAAUGCUUUUCUUAAACUGCCUUAUAAGGAAGGACCACACUUUUUUUGUAAAGUUGUGUUUUGUUGUUCUAAAAUGUCUGUUGAGGAGAUAAUCUCCAGUUUUUCGGUACUCCCAGAAGAGUGGAUGUUUCAGGUCUAUUAGCACGUUACAUUCCUGAUGAUCAAGGGAGCUCCAGAUCCGUAUGCUGCUGCACCCGGGUAUGCAUCUCUAUGGGUUAUCUCAAAGUUCAGGAACAUGUGCUGCAAAAUAUGUCAAACCACCUUUUUUUUUUGUUGGUAAACUUGUAUUUUGUUUAAUUAGGUGCUUAAACUUGCAGCACACAUACUGUUUUUAUGUUUUCUUGUAUGGAUGCUUGUGACUCUUACAAUUUGGGAAUGAUUUGAGAAAUUGUAUACACCCAUCCACUUGCUAUUGCUAUGCUUAGUCUAAUCACUGACGAUCACACAUUGGUGCAACAGUGAAAGAGUAUGAAUCAGUGAAAGAACAAAGUGGAUACACCAGCUUGUGACAGCCCUUUGUCCUUUAUUAACAUAAAUAAUGGGUUGGCUGCAAGUCCUGGAUUGUUGCUUAUAAAAAUAAACCAAAUCUGAAUAUUUCCAUUCCAUAAUGGUGCCGUUACUUUCCCAAUGACUAUUUGGAAAAGCAGAAAUGCUUUUUG